AUGGAUGAUUAUAAAUUUGAAGAAAAUCAAAAGAAAAAUCAUGUACAAAAUGAUAUGGAAAGAGAUGAUAAACUCGAUUAUGAUAUUUUGCAGUUAGAAAAAUGCAUUUCGGCUAUAAAUGAUAUUUCAAUUUCAGAUGUUGUUGACGAAAAACAGUUAGAUUCACAAUAUAGCGUAAUAUUACAGAUAUUAUCACAAAAUGCUUCAUUAAUUAUCAAUCAAAACGUUGAAGAUCCUCUAAUUUCAUUCAUAAUUCAUAAUAUACAAUCAGCAUUUGUGAAUAUUGUACAAGGAGCAUCUGCAUUACUUAGAGCAUGCGCAAAAGGCACUAAUUGUAAUAGUUUAAUAUUUAUCCAAGAUGAAAAUUUAAAUGUAAUCAUUAGUUUUCUCAAAGAAGGAAAUGAUUGUUUUGCAAUGUCCAACAUUUUUAGCGUAAUCAUUGAAAUUCUUAAAGACAAAGACACAUCAGAGACAAUUAUUCAACAAUUAAAUUUAGAAAUUUUGACAGAAAUACUAAAUAAUACAAUAAAUAAGAUCAUCAUAAUAGGUUCAGAUCCAAAUAGAAAUGUUUUAAUGCUUAGAAUGCUUGUAUUUUUGAAUGAAUUAAUUUAUAUUACCAAAAACUAUAAAUUAGCAGAUUUAAUCAACCAAUUCUUAACAACACACAUUAAACUUAUUGAUACUAUUGCUGAUCCAACUAUUAUUAAGUUUAUUUGCUGUAUUUAUCUUAAUAUCCUCUCAUAUGUUCAAUUUGAUAAAGAAUUAAUAUCAAUAUUCUUUAAAUGGAUGGAUAUUAAUAGUCCAGAUGUUCUAAAUUUGAUUAUUAAUAUUAUUUGCAAUAAUAAAUAUCCUGGCGUUCCUCCAUCGGAUUUUAUACUUAAAAGAAUGAUUGGAUGCAAAGACCCACAACUAUUUAAUGCACUUUGUGAUGCAGAGGUUGCUUUAUGUGAAAGAAAUCAAAGGCAUUUAGAAAUUAUUUUAAAAGAUAGCAAUGAAUUUAUAUCAGCACUUAUUACAAUGGUUGAUGAAAAUCCUUAUAGUUUAGGAAUAGAAAUAGCACGAUUUCUUGCUUAUUUGGUUUAUCAACAAAUUAAUCCAGAAUUUAUUUUAUCAUCUGGUGUAUUGGGUGUUAUAUCUAGCUUUAUAGAUUCAAAUUCAGCAGAUUCAGUUGAGUUUGUUGCUUCAUUGUUUAAUUUAUUCAAAACACCGUCAAUGACGCAUCAAAUAUACAAAUUUUUGAAUGAAAACUCUAUUAUCGAAGAAAUUGAAUCAUGUGCUGAUAGGGAUUUCCAAGAUCUUGCCGAUAUUUCUUCAGAGUUUUUAGAUGAGAUUGAAAAAUAUCAGAAUUCAGAGGAUUCAAAUGAAAGAUCAUAG